CCCUCGCAGGCCAUCCCUCCCCAACCACCUUUGGCCGGCCACCCACGCUGCGCCGCCCGUCCACCCACGCUGCGCCGCCCGUCCACCGGCCACCCCUUCUCCCCUAGCACGCCGGCAGCCGCCGCUCCACCACCUUCUCUCCCUUCUCCCCUAGCACGCCGGCAGCCGCGCUCCUUCUGCGACACUUCAGCUCCCACCCGCGCGCGCGAUAUAUAGACGUCCCCCCGCCGCCCCUUCCACCAGCGCCGCCGCCGCCUGCUGGCGAAAACCUCUAAUCCCUCAUCGCUGACCCUUGCCGUCCGUGGCGACGGCUCCGUCCCCCCUCCCACCUGUGGCUAGCUACUAGGUCACUAGCCGAAUCCGCUUACUAGGUCAUCGUCAUCAUCAGCCGCCUGCCCACAGUGUCCGUCUUGCCGCUACUUGACGUUUGCGACCUAGUCCGCCGUCGCUGUCCUCGGGAAUAGAAGAAAAGGAGAGGGAAAAAAGGAAGAAGAGGAAAAAGGGGAAAAGGAGGGAUUUCGCGGAGUUCAUCUGAUCAUUACAAAUUCACAUUCUUCGCUGCAGGGGCUGUUCUAAUAUGGGCCUCUGGAGAAUGCUUCAGCUGCUUGUGCGGUUUGCCAAUCCACGAUAGACAUGGGGCUUGUGUCGAUAUGAAGGAAUAAGUGAUCGUCUUAAGACAAUUUGGAACAACAGAGGGCAUGGUAAACCUGCUACCUGAAGAUGUACUCACCAACAUCAUUCGCCUUCUUGCACCACGCUAUGUUGCUAUAUCCCGUAGCGUCUGCAAGACCUGGUGUGCCAUCAUUGAUGCCCGCAACCUUCUGCGUGCGGACCUCCUCCCACGCUCGGUGCGUGGAAUAUUCAUUAACUUCAAUGAGUUAAGCAUGUCAGAAUUCUUCUCCCGCCCCUCAAAAGGCCGAACGGUAUCUGGCAACUUUAACUAUUUGCCUCUCGGGUCCCGCAUCAUAGGCCACUGCAAUGGGCUUCUCUUGUUUUGCAACUAUGUGGUUAACCCAGUCACACGGCAGUCAGCUCCGCUGCCCCCAUGCACAAGCCCAAAUAUUGUCAUAGAGCACUUUGUUUGCAGGGAGUACCUUGUAUUUGACCCCCAAUUGUCACCACAUUAUGAGGUAUUCAUGAUCCCUCGUGUCCGAUGCUAUGGGAGGUAUGAAAUGUUAAAUUCUGAUGGUGAAUUAGACCCUGCAAUGGAGGGAUUAGAAUGGCCACCAUCGCCUUGGAUCCUGAACGUGUUCUCAUCAAGGACAAAGGUGUGGGAGGAGAGGUCAUUUGUUCGAGAAGGGGAGGCUGCAGGGAAUGUUGCUGACAGGCGGUUGGAUUCUUCAUGUGUUCAGGACAAUUCUGUCUAUUGGCGGGGAGUACUUUAUGUAAAUUGCCAAACCAAGUUUGUUAUGAGAAUAUCAUUGUCAAAUGGAUCAUACCAAGUAAUCAAGCCACCUGUAUAUUUUGAAAGGAUGGAAUGCACAGAUCUUUAUCUGGGAAAAUCAGUGAAAGGAGUGCACUGUGCUUUGUAUGGCUUUCCAUCCAGUUUUUGGAUUUAUAUUCUUGAUGAAUCGAGUGGAAGAACGGAGUGGGUAUUCAAGCAUUCCUGUGAUAUUCAGCCAUAUCAAAGAAUCGAUGGGUGUGGACCCUGGACUUUACAAGAUAUUAACAGUCAGGACUGGUCCAAUAAAUUUGAAGAUGGUAACGAAGAGGCAAUAGUACAGGAGAAGUUCGAAUGGGACUCAGACAAUGAUAAUGUUAUUGACACCAUAAGCAGGGGCAAUCAUCUCUCUCGUCGUGAUAUUACUUUUCUUGGAUUUCACCCGUACAAGGAGGUUGUCUUCUUGAGUGACACAUUGAGACGAGGAUUGGCGUACCACUUAAAUAGCUCAAAGAUUCAAGACCUGGGCAAUAUCCAUCCAACACAUUAUGGAACAGAGAUGGGCAUUCAGCCAUUUAUACAAGCAUCUUUUCCAUACACACCCUGGACGGGAGUGUUUCCGGAAGACAAUUAAUUUUUCCUUGAAGAUUAUGAUAUACCACUGCGUACAAGGCAUUAGUGCCCAGGACAAGCUGUCAGGUGCUAGUUUGUAUAGUGAGGUUUGCAAGUUCUUCAUUGUAUCCAACGAGUAAAGAGUUUGUUACCGUUGCAUCAGCUCUUGCUGUGUUCUACCGAAUGCCAGCUAUAACGGAAGUUUAGCUAUUUCAAAUUUAUAGGCAUGCAACAACCACCACCAUGAAAAAUGUAUUGAUAGUGCAAAUAUUAUAAAUAUUAUUACUGUAUUUUUUAUAAA